CUCAGGCCGUGGGUCGUCGCUGCAGCUGUCGGAAAAGGAGGAAGGGACCAGUCUGGGUCGAAGUUGGCACAGCCGGGCGGAGGGUGUGUGAGGAGGGCCGUGGGUCCCUUUGGCGUCGCGGGGAGGAGCCCGGACCCGCUCCCCGUCCGCUCCUCGCUGGUCAUCCUUUUGGCCGUUUGGGAGGACAGUUUCUGGGGACGCCCGGUGUCUCCGCUCUCCAGUUCCUCUCGGCUCGUGCCCGUUGAUUCACAGUCCGAAAUGCAUGGUCACGGGGGCUAUGACUCUGAUUUUAGUGAUGAUGAACACUGUGGGGGUUCUAGCAAGAGGAAAAAGAGGACAGUUGAGGAUGACUUACUGCUCCAAAAACCAUUUCAGAAAGAAAAACAUGGAAAGGUGGCCCAUAAGCAAGUUGCAGCAGAAUUGCUGGAUAGGGAAGAAGCAAGAAAUAGAAGGUUUCAUCUCAUAGCAAUGGAUGCUUAUCAAAGGCAUACGAAGUUUGUAAAUGACUAUAUUUUAUACUAUGGUGGCAAAAAAGAAGACUUCAGGCGUUUGGGAGAAAAUGACAAGACAGACUUGGACGUUAUACGAGAAAAUCAUAGAUUCCUGUGGAAUGAGGAGGAUGAAAUGGACAUGACCUGGGAGAAGAGGCUCGCAAAGAAAUACUAUGAUAAAUUAUUCAAGGAAUACUGCAUAGCAGAUCUCAGUAGAUACAAAGAAAAUAAGUUUGGAUUUAGGUGGAGAGUAGAAAAAGAGGUAAUUUCUGGAAAAGGUCAGUUUUUCUGUGGAAAUAAGUAUUGCGAUAAUAAAGAAGGCUUAAAGAGUUGGGAAGUUAAUUUUGGUUAUAUUGAGCAUGGUGAAAAGAGAAAUGCACUUGUUAAAUUAAGGCUAUGUCAAGAAUGUUCCUUUAAAUUAAAUUUUCAUCACAGGAGAAAAGAAAUCAAGUCAAAAAAAAGAAAGGAUAAAACUAAAAAGGACUGUGAAGAGUCAUCAUAUAAAAAGUCCAGAUUAUCUUCUGCAGACGAGGACUCCAAAAGAAAGGAUAAAGGACAUUUGUCCUCAAAGAAAUCAGAAGAUUCUGCAGAUAGAAACUCUGAUGAGGAAGAAAGUGCUUCAGAAUCUGAACUUUGGAAGGGUCCCCUGCCAGAGACAGAUGAAAAAUCACAGGAAGAAGAAUUUGAUGAGUAUUUUCAGGAUUUAUUUCUGUGAGACGGGAGAGAAGCCUACAUCCCUUAAUGUGAAUGUACACUUUGAAACACUAUGAAUGUUUGAUCUAAAGUUGCAGCUUGCACAGUUUGUCUUUGGAAAUAAAAAUCCAGGUCCUCUCAGGACGUCAGACA